AUGAACGAGAAGGUAUCUUUGGGAAGAGGCAAGCCGUCACCGCCAUCCCUUCCAGACCUCGAAGACUAUGUCGUUGAUUUCGACGGCGCGGACGACCCGUCUCAUCCGUACAACUGGAAAUUGUUUACCAAACUCUUCACCUCCAUCCUCGUAUGCGCAGGAACCCUCAUAGUUUCCUUCACAAGCGCCGUCUUUGCCGCUGGCAUCAACCAAGCAAGCAAAGAAUUCAGCGUCAGUUCCGAAGUCGGGAAGCUGGGAACAACACUCUACGUCCUUGGCUUUGCCUUAGGUCCUGUCGUAUGGGCACCGGCAUCCGAGCUUCGGGGAAGGAAAUGGCCGCUGACGAUCGCAUUGCUCGGCGGCGGCAUAUUCACCAUCGGGUCUGCGGUAGCGAAAGACAUCCAGACUCUUCUUAUUUGUCGAUUCUUUGCGGGGAUUUGCGGUGCUAGCCAGCUCACUGUUGUUCCGGGCGUGCUGGCCGAUGUAUUUGAUAAUACCCGUCGGGGCGUGGCUAUCUCGCUUUAUGCGUUGACUGUGUUCGUUGGGCCGUUCAGUGCCCCUUUUAUAGGGGGAUUCAUUGCAUCCAGUUAUCUGGGCUGGAGAUGGACGCUUUAUAUUCCGGCCAUUCUGAGUUUAGCUACGGGUGCUAUCUCGGUACUCUUUCUGAGCGAAACGUACGCGCCGUGUCUUCUAAUGAACAAGGCUGCGGAAUUGCGACGUCGAACGCAGAUCUGGGGUAUCCAUGCGAAGCAAGAAAGAAUGGAAGUUGAGAUAAGGGUGAUGGUGAAUAAGUAUUUCACUCGACCGUUGAAGAUGCUCUUCACCGAGCCCAUUAUUCUGCUCGUCUCGCUCUAUAUGUCUUUCAUUUACGGGUUGGUCUAUGCGCUACUUGAGGCAUACCCAUAUGUCUUUGAGAAUAUCUACGGCAUGAGUCCUGGUAUCGGUGGGCUGCCGUUUAUUGGCCUUAUAGUUGGGCAAGUCCUGGCCGUCACGCUUAUUCUGCUGGAGCAUACGAACUACGCAAAGAAGCUGGUUGCGAAUAAGGGCGUUCCAGUUCCCGAGUGGCGCUUGAUUCCACCACUUAUUGGUGCUCCUGUGUUUACUAUUGGGAUAUUCUGGUUUGGUUGGACUGGCUAUAAUCCCCAGAUCCAUUGGGCUGUACCUACAGCAGCCGGAAUCUUCAUUGGAUUUGGCGUUCUUUGCGUUUUCUUACCGUGCUUCAACUAUUUGGUUGAUGCUUACCUUCCACUCGCUGCUUCGACGGUAGCUGCAAAUAUCAUCCUCCGUUCAACUGUCGCCGCGGGAUUUCCUGUCUUCACCACACAGAUGUUUGAGAACAUGGGUGUGCAGUGGGCCUGUACCUUGCUUGGGUGUCUGGCUGCCAUUAUGAUACCGAUUCCCGUUGCCUUCAGGGCGUAUGGGCCAUGGCUGAGAAGCAAGAGUAAACUCUUCAAGUAA